CGUCGUACCUAACCGGCCAGACCUGGAAGACUUGCUCUGGAAACCAGACCGAGAGAAAGGGUGCUUGAUGUUACCCCAAGUCCUUCUCACCUGUGGGGUGCACAGGUGCCUGCGUGUGCAACUACAGCAUGGUGACCCAGAUGAGGGCAGAGAAAGCUAAGAGGCUGGGAUCCUGGGUCAGGCAAUGCCGGCCUUGCGCCGCCGGCCCCGUCUCCACGUGGGUUCUCUGGAAACUCGGAAGAAAUCCGGCGUCAUGGCGGGAGCCGAGGCCCCGCAGCCUCAGAAGCGCUACUACAGGCAACGCGCUCAUUCCAACCCCAUGGCGGACCAUACCCUGCGCUACCCUGUGAAGCCAGAGGAGAUGGACUGGUCUGAGCUAUACCCAGAGUUCUUUGCUCCACCUACUCAAAAUCAGAGCCACGAUGACCCAAAGGAUAAGAAAGAUGAGAGAACUGAGGCCCAAGUGGAGUUUGCAGACAUAGGCUGUGGCUAUGGUGGCCUGUUAGUGGAAUUGUCGCCAUUGUUCCCAGACACCCUGAUUCUGGGUCUUGAAAUUCGCGUGAAGGUCUCAGACUACGUACAAGACCGAAUUCGAGCCCUACGUGCAGCUCCUGGAGGUGGCUUCCAGAACAUUGCCUGUCUCCGUAGUAAUGCCAUGAAACACCUUCCUAAUUUCUUCCGAAAGGGCCAGCUGACAAAGAUGUUCUUCCUCUUCCCUGACCCACAUUUCAAGCGGACAAAGCACAAGUGGCGAAUCAUCAGUCCCACACUGCUGGCAGAAUAUGCCUACGUGCUAAGAGUUGGGGGGCUGGUAUAUACCAUAACCGAUGUGCUGGAGCUCCACCACUGGAUGUGCACCCAUUUUGAGGGACACCCCCUGUUUGAGCGUGUGCCUCUGGAGGAACUGAGUGAAGACCCCAUUGUGAAACAUCUAGGCACUUCAACUGAGGAAGGAAAGAAAGUUCUACGCAAUGGAGGAGAGAAUUUCCCAGCCAUCUUCCGAAGAAUACAGGAUCCCACUCUGCUAGCAGUGACCCCCAGUCCCACCCUGCCUAAUCACUGACUGUUUGCCCUGCUUUAGUUGGGCCAUUUUCCAGGGACUGGAAAAAAGAUCAAGCCUCCCCACCCUCCAGGUCUUCCCAACUGACACUAUAGCUAGAAGGCUGUAUCUCUAAAAAGUUGGGGUGCUACCUAGUUCAUACCUGCCCUAUCUUCUCUUACUUUCUUGUCUCCUCACUGCCAGCACAGAGCAAAAGAAGCUUACCAAGAAGGCCAAAGGACUUUGGAUCAGAGGGGAUCUUUGGAAGGGUGUGAGGUCAUGCUCUCCCUUAGUACUCCCUUCACGUGUGGGGUUUCUCCUCAGCUGGCUUGAGGAAUGCAAUGCCCCACCAUCUAAACUGUCUGCUUGGCUCAAAUCACUGCCUACUUGUGUUUACUUUGCAGUCCUGGGGAUAAUGUGUGUGCAUGCACGUGCUCAUGAUGUUAUUUCUCAGGAAAGGCUGGGAUGUGUGUCACGUGCCUCCUCCCAUCCUCUCCUGCCUAAGACUUGACCUGGGCAAUCUGUACUCCGUUUAUUGUUGCUGGCUCUGGAGAGUCCUUGGGAAGGGAGAGGUCUAGAGUCUGGUAGGAGUAGGGAGAGGAAUGAGGGCUAUGAAGCAGAGAGCUAAACCAGAGAGUUCUGAAGCUGAAAGUAAAAAAGGGCAACUCCCCUGAAAGCCACCCAGAGGCAACUGGGUCAGCUAGAGAUUAACAACAUGUACUUAGCCCUUGUUCCAUCUGAUGGUCCUGAAAGAAUCUCAGAAGUUCCCUACUUAAAAGCUAUUUCAAGGCUGAGAAUAUGGCUUAGUGGUAA